AUGGGGUCUAGCGCAAAGAAAAAGAGAGAGAAGAAGAAAGACUUCCAAAAACCAAAAUUAAAGGUUGGGAAAGCAAGACCCAAGGCUGCAAACUCGACUGACACGAGUUUUCGUGCUAAAGCCAUUGUUUUGAAUCAACAACUCGACAUCAAUGCUCCGACAGAGUCGGCCAAGUUUCUUCACCAAUUAUCACUUUUGACUUCUCGGUCGGACUCUCAAAGAAAGGACGCUCUGGGCUACUUGACGAGUUACGUGACAUCGACGCCAGAAGGAGCUACUUUCCCGACGACUGCAAACUCGCUUCUCACCUCUUUGUGUCCACUCAUCCUUGAUGGUUCGACGGGUGUUCGCACUCAACUCUUGAAGCUUUUCCAAGUCCUACCAGCGGAAGAAGUAAGAGAUCAUGUUACCAAGAUCUUACCCUACAUGCGAGCCGGUAUGACCCAUCUAUCAAAGGACAUCCGACUUUCUGCUGUGGAAUUUCUAUCCUACCUGAUCAAAGCAGCGGGCGAUGAGCUCGUCUGCAGUCCCGGCGGCUGGAACCAGACAUUGGAAUGCUUUACUACGGUCCUCGGUUGGAGAUCUUCAGAUUCAAGCAAAUGGUCCGCAAAUAAAGCUUCCUUCGGAGGAGACAUCAAGUCCACUGCUAGAAUCAUGGCCGUCCUUGCCGAGUUUCUCCGGGCAGGCUUAGUCUCUAAUACUGAGUCAGACUCGAACAUCAAUGCAAUUGCCAUUGACUUUCCCUUUUGGCAGACCAAAUCGCUGGCAAUGCCCUCGAAAUCAAACGCGUAUUCCUAUCUCAACCUUUUUGGGUCCCAGACCGAGGUUGACAACCAGAUGCUUGAAGACCAGGAAGAUAGAUUGGAGAUCUUCUCCAGAGAUUUCGAGGCAGUAAUCCUGGCUGGUAUAGACGCAGCGAAAAAGGAAGGCGGCGAGUUGGGUCGCUCUUCAGGCUUACUUGUCAAGAUUCUCAGUCUUUCCAACAAUGGUUGA